AGUAGGAAAGGAUGUCUGGAGGCGAGGCGUCCCAUUACAGAGGAAGGAGUUGCUAUAUAAGCCAGCCAAAGCUGGCUUCGCUGGCCACAGCCUGCCUACUGUCACACGCUCUCCCGCGAGCCGAGCGCAGACACACACCGGCCGGCCUCUCUUCCGCACAAAGACUGUGCGGCUGGGGGUGACCCUAGGGGCAGCGCACGUGGGAGCCCCGCUGCUCACAGCCAGGUACUGACUCCAUGCAGCCGGUUCAUUCAAGGAUCUAGGUCCUUCCCAACUCCGGAAAGCUUUCCCAUAUGUGCUUUAGAAAUAAAACCUGCUACCCACCCCAGCCAGCUUUCUGCCUUGUCCUUCAAUAUGGUAAGCCCAACUGAGGACUGGGGAGAGGAACUUUAGGUUCAGCGCUAAAGAAAUCUCUGGAAAGUUUGCUGGCAUCGUGUGCAUCUGAGCCCACUGCCGUAGAUGUGAUUGUGCUUUGACCAUACGUGUUUCAGAAGAGAAUUCCUUCGGGAAGAUCAGGAACACACUGAUCUGGAUUCUCCUCUGUGCUUCCACAUCCUCACUUCUGCCUGAGACUGAGACACCCUAGGAGUGAGUGCACAGAAACGCCCCAGCCAAACCCACCUCCGCCAUGGGGGCCGUGACCCGGCUGUUGGCCGGCAUCCUCCUAGCCUCACUCACCCUCACUACCGAAGGUGGGGUCCUCAAGAAAGUCAUCCGGCACAAGCGACAGAGCGGGGUCAAUGUCACUCUGCCGGAGGACCAGCAGCCGGUGGUGUUCAACCACGUCUACAACAUCAAGCUGCCCAUCGGGUCCCAGUGCUCCGUGGAUCUGGAAUCAGCCAGUGGGGAAAAGGACCUGGUCCCGCCAUCAGAGCCCAGCGAGAGCUUCCAGGAGCGCACGGGCGACGGGGAAAACCAGAUCAUCUUCACACACCGCAUCAACAUCCCUCGCCGGGCCUGCGGUUGCGCCGCGGCUCCUGACGUCAAGGAGCUUCUGAGCAGACUGGAGGAUCUGGAGAAUCUGGUGUCUUCCCUGCGGGAGCAAUGCACCACAGGAGCUGGCUGUUGUCUCCAGCCCGCGGAAGGCCGCCUGGACACCAGGCCCUUCUGCAGCGGCCACGGGAACUUCAGCGCGGAAGGAUGCGGCUGUGUGUGCGAACCCGGCUGGAAAGGCCCCAACUGCUCAGAGCCCGAAUGUCCUGGCAACUGUCACCUGCGAGGCCAGUGCCUGGACGGGCAGUGUGUCUGCGACGAGGGCUUCACGGGGGAGGACUGCGGCCAGCUGGCCUGCCCCGGCGACUGCAACGACCAGGGCAAGUGCGUGAGCGGGGUCUGCGUGUGUUUCGAAGGCUACACGGGGGCCGACUGCAGCCGGGAGGUGUGCCCGGUGGCGUGCAGCGAGGAGCACGGCAGGUGCGUGGACGGCCGCUGCGUGUGCCAGGACGGCUUCGCGGGCGACGACUGCGCCGAGCCGCUGUGCCUCAACAACUGCCACGGCCGCGGGCGCUGCGUGGAGAACGAGUGCGUGUGCGACGCCGGCUUCACGGGCGAGGACUGCGGCGAGCUCAUCUGCCCCAACGACUGCUUCGACCGCGGCCGCUGCGUCAACGGCACCUGCUACUGCGAGCAGGGCUUCACGGGCGAGGACUGCGGCGAGCUCAGCUGCCCGAACGCCUGCUCGGGCCACGGCCGCUGCCGGCAGGGCCAGUGCGUGUGCGAGGCGGCCUUCGCCGGUCCCGACUGCAGCGAGAAGAGGUGUCCCGCCGACUGCCACCAGCACGGCCGCUGCACGGACGGGCGGUGUGAGUGCGACGCCGGCUUCGCGGGAACCGACUGCGGCGAGCUCCAGUGUCCCAGCGGCUGCAGCGGCCACGGCCGCUGCGUCAACGGGCAGUGCGUGUGCGACGAGGGCCGCACCGGGGAGGACUGCGGCCAGCUGCGGUGCCCCAACGAUUGUCACAGCCGGGGCCGCUGCGUCCAGGGCAAGUGCGCGUGCGAGCCGGGCUUCCAGGGCUACGACUGCAGUGACAUGAGCUGCCCCAGCGACUGCCACCAGCACGGCCGCUGCGUGAACGGCAUGUGCGUCUGUGACGACGGCUACGCCGGGGAGGACUGCCGGGACCUGCGCUGCCCCGGGGACUGCAGCAGCCGCGGCCGCUGCGCGGACGGCCGGUGCGAGUGUGAGCACGGCUUCACCGGCCCCGACUGCGCGGAACUCGCGUGCCCCGGCGACUGCCAUGGCCAAGGCCGCUGUGUGAACGGGCAGUGCGUGUGCCACGAGGGCUUCAUGGGCGCCGCGUGCAAGGAGCGGAGGUGCCCCGGCGACUGUCACGGCCGGGGCCGCUGCGAGGAUGGGCAGUGCGUCUGCCGGGAGGGCUUCGCGGGCCCCGACUGCAGGCUGCGCUCCUGCCCCAACGACUGCAGCGGCUGGGGCCAGUGCGUGGAGGGCCGAUGCAUCUGCAGCGAGGGCCACGCCGGGGACGACUGCUCCGACGUGUCCCCUCCCAAAGACCUCAUCGUGACAGAAGUGACGGAAGAGACCGUAAACCUGGCCUGGGACAACGAGAUGCGGGUCACGGAGUACCUGGUCAUGUACACACCCACCCACGAGGACGGCCUGGAAAUGCAGUUCCGCGUGCCUGGGGACCAGACGUCCACCACCAUCCGGGAGCUGGAGCCUGGUGUGGAGUACUUUAUCCGCGUCUUUGCCAUCCUGGAAAACAAGAAGAGCAUUCCCGUCAGCGCCAGGGUGGCCACGUACUUGCCUGCACCUGAAGGCCUAAAGUUCAAGUCUAUCAAGGAGACAUCUGUGGAAGUGGAGUGGGAUCCUCUGGACAUCGCUUUUGAAACGUGGGAGAUCAUCUUCCGGAAUAUGAAUAAAGAAGAUGAGGGAGAGAUCACCAAAAGCCUGAGGAGGCCAGAGACCACAUACCGGCAGACUGGCCUUGCUCCUGGGCAAGAAUAUGAGAUCUCGCUGCACAUUGUGAAAAACAAUACCCGCGGCCCGGGCCUGAAGAGGGUGACCACCACCCGCUUGGACGCCCCGAGCCAGAUCGAGGUGAAAGAUGUCACGGACACCACGGCCCUGAUCACUUGGUUCAAGCCCCUGGCCGAGAUUGAUGGCAUUGAGCUUUCCUAUGGAAUCAAAGACGUGCCCGGCGACCGCACAACCAUCGAUCUCACACAUGAUGAGAACCAGUACUCCAUUGGGAACCUGAAGCCAGACACCGAGUAUGAGGUGUCCCUCAUCUCCCGCAGGGGUGACAUGUCCAGCAACCCAGCCAAGGAGACCUUCACAACAGGCCUGGAUGCUCCUAGGAAUCUCCGUCGCAUCUCCCAGACAGACAACAGCAUUACCCUGGAAUGGAAGAACGGCAAGGCGGCCGUUGACAGUUACAGAAUUAAGUAUGCACCCAUCUCCGGAGGUGCCCAUGCUGAGGUCGAAGUCCCAAGGAGCCAGCAAGCCACCACCAAAACCACGCUCACAGGUCUGAGGCCAGGAACUGAGUAUGGGAUCGGAGUGUCUGCUGUGAAGGCUGACAAGGAGAGCGAUCCAGCCACCAUCAACGCAGCCACAGACAUGGACGCACCCAAGGACCUGCGGGUUUCUGAAACCACGGAGACCAGCCUGACCCUGCUCUGGAGGAGGCCUUCGGCCAAGUUUGACCAUUACCGCCUCAACUACAGCCUGCCCUCGGGCCAGCCAGUGGAGGUGAAGCUUCCGAGAGACACCACCUCCUAUGUCUUGAGAGGCCUGGAACCCGGGACGGAAUACAGCAUCCUCCUCACCGUGGAGAAGGGAAGGCACAAGAGCAAACCCGCACGAGUAAAGGCAUCCACAGGCCAUGCCCCUGAACUGGAAAACCUCACCGUGACCGAGGUUGGCUGGGAUGGCCUUAAACUCAACUGGACCGCAGCUGACCAGGCCUAUGAGCACUUUGUCAUUCAGGUGCAGGAGACCAACAGGAUGGAGGCAGCUCAGAACCUCACGGUUCCCGGCAGCCUGCGGGCUGUGGACGUCCCGGGCCUCAAGGCGGCCACCCCUUAUAGAGUCACCAUCUACGGGGUGAUCCGGGGCCAUAGGACACCAGUGCUCUCUGCCGAGGCUUCCACAGGGGAACCUCCCAGUUUGGGAGAGGUCACGGUGUCCAAGGUGGGCUGGGAUGCCCUCAAACUCAACUGGACUGCUCCGGAAGGAGCCUAUGAACAGUUUUUCAUUCAGGUGCAGGAGACUGACGCGGAAGAGGCAGCCCAGAACCUCACAGUCCCGGGAGGACUGAGGUCCGUGGACCUGCCUGGGCUCAAAGCAGCCACUCAUUAUAGCGUCACCAUCCGUGGGGUCACGCAGGACUUCAGCACGACUCCUCUCUCUGUUGAAGUCUUGACAGAGGAGGUUCCAGAUCUGGGAAACCUCACAGUGACCGCGGUCCACUGGGAUGGCCUCAGUCUGGACUGGACCGCCCCCGAUGGGAUCUAUGAGCAGUUUAUCAUUGAGAUCCAGGAGGCUGACCAGGCCAAGGAAGCUCACAGUCUCACGGUUCCUGGCAGCCUGCGCUCUGUGGACAUCCCGGGCCUCAGGGCCGGAACUCCUUACACGGCCACCCUGCAUGGCCAGGUCAGAGGCCGCAGCACUCGACCCCUUGUUGUGGAGGCCGUCACAGAGGAGCUCCCUCAGCUGGGGGACUUAACCGUGACCGAGGCUGGCUGGGAUGGCCUUAAACUCAACUGGACCACAACUGACCAGGCCUAUGAGCACUUUGUCAUUCAGGUGCAGGAAGCCAACUGGGUAGAGGCAGCUCAGAACCUCACGGUUCCCGGCAGCCUGCGGGCUGUGGACGUCCCGGGCCUCAAGGCGGCCACCCCUUAUAGAGUCACCAUCUACGGGGUGAUCCGGGGCUAUAGGACACCGGUGCUCUCUGCCGAGGCCUCCACAGCCACAGGACCUGAAAUUGGAAACUUAACUGUUUCUGACAUAACUCCUGAGAGCUUCAAUCUCUCCUGGACAGCCACCGAUGGGGCCUUCGAGACCUUUACCAUUGAAAUUGUUGAUUCCAAUAGGUUCUUGGAGACGAUGGAAUAUAAUAUCUCUGGUGCUGAACGAACUGCCCACAUCUCAGGGCUACACCCUAAUAAUCAUUUUGUUAUCUACCUCUCGGGACUCGCUCCCAGCAUCCGGACCCAAGUCAUCAGUGCCACUGCCACCACAGUAGCCGAACCUCUCCUUAGCCACCUCACUAUCUCAAAUGUGACCUGGGCCAGUGUGUCCCUCUCGUGGAAAGCCCAGGAGGCUACCUUUGAUAGCUUUCUUAUAGAAGUUAGGAAUUCUGACCCCCGCCAGGAGACGGUGGUGCAUUCUGUGCCCGCAGCAUCUCGCAGCUCUGUCAUCACCAACCUCAAAGCUUCUUCUAAUUACACUGCCCACCUUCACGGGCUGAUGGGCGGGCACCGUGUUCAGACUCUGAUGGCCCAGGCAACCACAGAGCCAGAGCCACAGUUGGGCACGCUAAUCCUUAGCAAUGUUACUCCUGACAGCUUCAACGUGUCCUGGACCGCUCGAGCCGGGCCUUUUGCAAAGAUUGUUGUCAAUGUUAGCGAUUCUCACUCGCUGUAUGAGCCCCAGCAAUUCACGGUCUCAGGAGACACACAGCACGCUCACGUCACGGGCUUGGUGGAGAACACUGGCUAUGACGUUAGUGUGGCAGGGACCACCUCGGCUGGGGACCCCACCAGGCCCCUCACUGCCUUUGUCAUGACAGAGGCCCUGCCCCUUCUGGAAAACCUAACCAUUUCCGACAUUAAUCCCUACGGGUUCACAGUUUCCUGGAUGGCAUCGAAGAAUGCCUUUGACAGCUUCCUAGUAACGGUGGUGGAUUCUGGGAAGCUGCUGGACCCCCAGGAAUUCACACUUUCAGGAACCCAGAGGAAGCUGGAGCUUAGAGGCCUCAUAACUGGCAUUGGCUAUGAGGUUAUGGUCUCUGGCUUCACCCAAGGGCACCAAACCAAGCCCUUGAGGGCUGAGAUUGUUACAGAAGCCGAGCCAGAGGUGGACAACCUUCUGGUUUCAGAUGCCACCCCAGAUGGUUUCCGUCUGUCCUGGACAGCUGAUGAAGGGGUCUUCGACAAUUUUGUUCUCAAAAUCAGAGAUACCAAAAAGCAGUCUGAGCCACUGGAAAUAACCCUACUUGCCCCCGAACGAACCAGGGACAUAACUGGUCUCAGAGAGGCCACUGAGUAUGAAAUUGAACUCUAUGGAAUAAGCAGUGGAAAGCGAUCCCAACCAGUCCGAGCCCUAGCAACCACAGCCAUGGGCUCUCCAAAGGAGAUCAGUUUCUCAGACAUCACUGAGGAUUCGGCCACUGUCAGCUGGAUGGCGCCCUCUGCCCAGGUGGAGAGCUUCCGGAUUACCUACGUGCCCAUUGCAGGAGGGACACCGUCAGUGGUAACUGUGGAUGGAACCAAGACUCAGACCAGGCUGCUGAGGCUCUUACCUGGAGCAGAGUACCUUGUCAGCGUCAUCGCCAUGAAGGGCUUCGAGGAAAGCGAACCAGUCUCAGGCUCGUUCAGCACAGCUCUGGAUGGCCCAUCUGGCCUGGUGACAGCCAACAUCAGCGACACAGAAGCCUUGGCCAUGUGGCAGCCAGCCAUUGCCCCCGUGGAUAGUUAUGUCAUCUCCUACACAGGGGAGAAAGUGCCAGAAAUUACACGCACAGUGUCCGGGAACACGGUGGAGUACGCUCUGACCGACCUCGAGCCUGCCACGGAGUACACGCUGAGGAUCUUUGCAGAGAAAGGGCCCCAGAAGAGCUCAGUCAUCACUACCAAGUUCACAACAGACCUCGAUUCUCCAAGAGACUUGACUGCCACUGAGGUUCAGUCAGAAACUGCCCUCCUCACCUGGAGACCCCCCCGGGCAUCUGUCACCGGCUACCUAUUGGUGUAUGAAUCCGUCGAUGGUACAGUCAAGGAAGUCAUUCUGGGUCCAGAAACCACCUCCUAUAGCCUGGCGGAGCUGAGCCCCUCCACCCACUACACGGCCAAGAUCCAGGCAUUGAAUGGGCCCCUGAGGAGCAAGCUGGUCCAGACAGUCUUUACCACAAGUGGACUCCUGUACCCAUUCCCCAGGGACUGCUCCCAAGCAAUGCUGAAUGGAGACACGACCUCUGGCCUCUACACCAUUUACCUGAAUGGUGAUAAGGCCCAGGCUCUGGAAGUCUUCUGCGACAUGACCUCUGAUGGGGGUGGAUGGAUCGUGUUCCUGAGACGCAAGAAUGGACGUGAGGAUUUCUAUCGCAACUGGAAAGCCUAUGCUGCUGGGUUUGGGGACCGCAGAGAAGAAUUCUGGCUUGGGCUGGACAACCUGCACAAAAUCACAGCCCAAGGGCAGUACGAGCUGCGGGUGGACCUGCGCGACCACGGGAAGACCGCGUACGCCGUCUACGACAAGUUCAGUGUGGGGGACGCCAAGACCCGCUACAAGCUGAAGGUGGAGGGUUACAGUGGGACCGCAGGUGACUCCAUGGCUUACCACAACGGCAGAUCCUUCUCCACCUUCGACAAGGACACGGACUCAGCCAUCACCAACUGCGCCCUGUCCUACAAGGGGGCUUUCUGGUACAAGAACUGUCACCGUGUCAACCUGAUGGGGAGGUACGGGGACAACAACCACAGUCAGGGCGUUAACUGGUUCCAUUGGAAGGGCCACGAAUAUUCCAUCCAGUUUGCUGAGAUGAAGUUGAGACCCAGCAACUUCCGAAAUCUCGAAGGCAGGCGCAAGCGGGCAUAAAUUCCAGGAACGACUAACUGGGUGGGAGAGGAGUAGGGCCCAGAGGAAGAAGCAAAUUUUACCAAAGUCUCAGUACAAACCCAUCCAACCAUCAAGCCACACCCGGGCAUUUGGCAGGAGCUAAAGCUGACCGUGGAUCAUCGGGGCGAUGGCAGGAGCGCUGGCCCCACCUACUCUGCAAGUACGUCCUACGCACCAAAGACAACAGUCUCCACAGGUGUCUGCUUGUUGUUUGAAUCAGCAAACAUCUUCCAGUGAUGGUGUCAUGGUGGUUGUCCUUCUCUUGGGUGGCUCUGGGAAUGGGAGAGGGGUAGGCUGUACAGUGGUAGUUUGUGUUAGAACCAGCUGUAUUUUACACAAAGCUGUAUGAGUAUCAUUAUUUUUGUUCGCAAUGAUUCGGUGUGCAUCAUGGGAGGCCGUCCCCCGCCCCUUUUUUUACAUUUCAUGCAACAAAAACCAGAAAAGCAAUACUGCUCGAUUUUAAGGAUACGAUUAAUAUUAUUAAUAUAAUAAAAACGACGAUGAAAACUAAGAAUUUUUAAAGAGAUCUUCCUUUCCAAAACACAUCUGGACAGUACCUGAUUGUAUGUUGUUGUUGUUGUUUUUUAAUAAAAGCACAAGUACUUUUAAA